GGCUGGACGCUUUAAUUCAAUAGCCCAGAUCGCUUUCCUGACUUCCUGAGCACCCCGCUGUCAAUAAUCCUUUGUGACCCAUGCGGAAUUCGGCACGUGGUUCGCUUGCUGAAUGCUGAAGGAAGUAUUUUCUACUUUAGAAAUGUUUUUCCUCAAAGUUUUAUUGCCCCUGUGAUCUUUAUUCGAGAUUUUUUUGUUGUUGCAUUUUUCGAUCCCUUUCAUAUUCAGUGGUCGUUAGUAGUUAGGGUCAUUAGUUCCUACCUCUUCAAUUUGCAAAUGGCUCAAUUAGAAUCCAAGUUCAAAUUUGCAUGUGAAAACCACACUGUGGAGUGUAUUGGACCAUUUUUCUUUCAACAUGUGAGUGCAUUGAAUGCAGAUGCUGAAAGCAAACUUAAGCGGUUGAAAAAAAGUAUAAGAGGUGGUUCCAGUGAGGAUAUUGACUGUUUAGAAUUUGAAGAUGACGUCAGCUACCUUAAAAGUUUGGACCCUCUAAAAUGGAAAGAGCAAGAUCACUACCACGUUUUGGGUCUUAAGAAACUCAGAUACAAGGCCUCAGAAAAUGAUAUAAAAUUAGCAUAUCGCAAAAUGGUAUUGAAGCACCAUCCGGACAAACGAGUAGCAGCUGGUGAAACUGUCAAUAGAGAUGAAGAUUACUUUCUGUGCAUUACGAAAGCAUAUGAAACAUUGGGAGAUAAAAAAGCAAGAAAAGCAUAUGAUUCUGUUGAUCCCACCAUUGAUGAUAAAAUCCCCUCUGAUAAUGCCAACUCCAGGGAGAACUUCUUUAAGGUUUUUAAGCCUGUUUUUGACAGAAAUGCUCAUUGGUCAGAAAUAUUACCUGUGCCUAGCCUUGGAGGUCCCACCGAUUCUAGAAGUAAAGUAGAAAAAUUCUACAAUUUCUGGUUCAACUUUCAGUCGUGGCGUGAGUUUUCUUAUUAUGAUGAAGAAGAAAAGGAUAAAGGCCAUGACCGUGAAGAAAGAAGGUGGAUUGACAAACAAAACAAAGCUAUGAGAGCCAAGUACAAGAAGGAGGAAAUGAGCCGAAUUAGAAAUCUGGUCGAAUUAGCCUAUAAAUUAGAUCCUCGAAUAGCCAAAUUCAGAAUAGAAGAAAAGGAAAAGAAGCAAGCUGCAAAAUUAGCCAAACAAGAAGCUGUCAGAGCUAGAAUCGAGGGAGCAAAUCGUGCAGCGAGAGAAGCAGAAGAAAAAAUGCGGAAGAAGAAAGAAGAGGUCGAAGCAGCAGAACGAGAAAAGUUGGCCGCUGAAAAAGCAGAAAAAGAGGAAAUGAAAAAAGCGUUGAAGAAACAAAGACAAACCGUUCGGAAAAUAUGUAAAACUAACAAUUAUUUUAUUCAAACUGACAAGGAAUUAGUACCUCACAUGUCCAAUAUUGAGAAAAUGUGUGAUAUGUAUAGUUUAGAUGAGUUAAAAUCAUUAUGCAAUGGACUAGCAAACAGAGGAAGAGAAUAUCUUUUAGAAAAAAUUCAGGAGAUAGAUGAAACCUUAGAAGCCGAACGACACUCGCAUCUUACUCCUAAGUUGAACGUUGUUUCUAAAGAAAAUUAUGCAGAUCCAGCUAUCACCAAUGGAGUUACCUGUAAACCGCCAUGGUCUCAUGGACAGGUUCAGUUGCUAAUCAAAGCUGUAAAUCUAUUUCCUGCUGGAACAAAUCAUAGGUGGGAGGUUGUUGCUAACUUCUUGAAUCAGCACUCAGCUGGUGGGACCACAAGAACUGCGAAAGAGGUCUUAACGAAAGUCAAAGACAUGCAGCAUACAGAUUUCUCACAAAGUGAUUUGAAGGUAGUGAACAAUGAGGAAGCAUAUUCAAACUUCGAAAAGGAAAAAAAGAGAGAUGCUGUUGUAGAAGCCCCUGCCUCGGAACGGUUUCCUGAGCAACCAGCCCUACCAUGGUCAGCUGAAGAGCAGCAACUUUUGGAGCAAGCUUUAAAAACUUAUCCAAAUAGUGUGUCUGAUCGAUGGGAUAAAAUAGCAGCAACUGUCUCGACUCGGUCUAAAAAAGAAUGUAUGAAAAGAUACAAGGAAUUGGUGGAGCUCGUGAAAGCAAAGAAGAAAGCACUUGAAACAGCCCAAAAAAAAAAGUAAACAGAAUGGAUUAUGCUGUAAUGACGAACUUACGCCUGAAGGACUUUAUUCAAUAUGAUGGCACUGAGGAAUUAUAUUUAAAAUCUAGUGACUCAAAUUGUUAAUCAACCAUCUCUUGUACACAUUUCAAUAGUUUAUCUCUGACUUGUUUUCUCAUUUUUAGGAGAAAGAUAAAAAGUGGCCACCUGACUCCUAUCAAUAAAUUAAUCUGUUUUUUUUUUUUUUUAA